CUGUACUGGGCUUCGGGCCUCCGCCCUGCAGGAGGCGGGUUCAGAUCGACGCUUCACCCGCCGGCUCUGCACUCCACACCCCAUCUCCUGGACUCCCCUAGCCUCAAUAUCUCCUCCUUUAUUAAAUCCCUCUACUCUCACGUUCCCUCCUCCUUCGACAAAUCCCUUUCUCCCACACGGACCCUCCCUUUUCAGCAGGUCCCCUCCCUCUGCACAGACCUCUCCGCCUUCAGUCGGGCCCCCUUUAGCAAGUCUCUCUCCCCCUUCAGCCGGCCCCUUUCCCCUAACAGACCCUCCCCCUUCGGUAGGCCCCGCCCCUCUUUUAGCCGGGCCCCCUCCCCCUUCUUCUGGGCCUCCUCCUCCCACAGCCCCUUCCUUUUUAGCCUGGGGCUCCCCUCACUCCCACACCUCUUCCCAUUUCUGUCACUUUCACAAACAUUUCACUCCUUUGAGGUCUCAGUUUCUUCGUCAGUAAAAUGAAACCUUUGGACCUGUGAAGUCACUCUUAGGAACAAAUCUAUGAUUUUAUAAUCCCUUCCAUGAGUCUUUAACCCCUUUACCCAAGUCCCUGUACGCCUCUCCCAGUCAUCAGUCCCAUACCCCUCCUCACAUUUCUACCUCUGUCUUCCCAUUCCUUCUCUUCUCAGAUGUUCCUCUACUCUUCCCUUAUCACCUCCUGUCAACCCUUCAGCCUCAUAACACUCAUAUAUCCUUCCUCUUCCCCUUCUAAAUCCUCCAAUCUCCCCUACAUCUCUCUCCUCUAAAAUGCUUGCCCCUCAUCUGUUCCCCUUCCCUCUCUAAUUCCCUUCUAUGUCUUCUCCAAAUCCCUUUCCCCUAAAUCUCCUCCCCCCAGAUCCCAGCCUACAAUUCUCUCCCUCUAAACCUCCCCUCAAAUCUCCCCAAGCCCUCCUCUCCUCAAAUGCCUUCCUUCCAAAUCCUCAUGCCCUCCAUCCACCUCUCAGCAAUUCCCUCCUCAUACAUCUCCUCCAAACUCCAUCCUCAAAUCCUCUAGCCACACACUCGUCUCCUUUAUCACACAUUUACUCAAAUCUCUCCCCAGAUCUCCUCCCCUCCGUAACUCUUCUUCCUCAUAGCCCCGCUUCCAAAAGUCUCAGUACCCUCUCCCUCUAUCUCUGACCACAUUUCUGUCCAGUACAUCUGAACCACAGAUCUCUUGAGAAUCACCUCGAAUUCUUGUCCAUCCCAAAUCCCCAUGCUUUAUCCCAUGUUUUCUCCUCCCUUUUCUCUUCAUACUAUCCUGUCUCGGAGUCUUCUUUUAAAUACAUUUUAAAUACAUUUCCCUCAAAUCGCUGCCUCAUUGUCUGUCUUUCCAUGUUACCUUUAAACUAGUUCUAGGCCUGCACCUUAUAUCCUUUUCCCCUAGACCCCUUCUCUCUCCCAUACCCAUAAAACCCUUUGCAGCUCUUCCAGUGCCUCUUGUUCUGUAUUCAUGCCUUCUUCCAUCAAACUGCCCCCUUCCCAGCCUUCUCUCUCAGCCUAAUUUACCAGCAACCCUUAAUUUAAGGAUGUGGAGAUAUUGGAGGAAAGGAAGCAGAACUCAGGCAGACUCCUUGGUGGUGUGUGAGGUAGACCCAGAGCUGAAGGAGAAACUCCGAAGGUUCCGCUUCCGGAAAGAGACGACCAACGCGGCCAUCAUCAUGAAGGUGGACAAAGACCGGCAACUGGUGGUGAUGGAGGAAGAAUUUCAGAAUAUUUCUCCUGAGGAACUGAGGGAUGAGCUGCCUGAGAGACAGCCCAGGUUCAUAGUUUACAGCUACAAAUGGCUCCACGAAGAUGGACGCGUGUCCUAUCCACUCUGCUUCAUCUUCUCGAGCCCCGUAGGCUGCAAGCCCGAACAGCAGAUGAUGUACGCAGGAAGCAAAAACCGACUGGUACAGACUGCUGAGCUUACCAAGGUGUUUGAGAUCCGCACCACGGACGACCUGACAGAGACUUGGCUUCAGGAGAAACUGGCCUUCUUCCGUUAGCUGGGGGUGUCUGGAGCUGGGGGGAUUCAGCUGUCCAAGGAUCCAGAGGCGGGACACGGGGGGCCCUGGGAAAUUCGAUACCCUGAGACAAAAUAAACCAGGGAAAUCUG